CCCCUGAGGCAGCCAAGCGUCCUUUCCUUCUCGCACAGAGUGCGGGCUCGGGAUUUAAAGCGCGCGCUGCGAAGCGGUGGUUGAGUUCCUGGACGCGGACAAUGGAGGCCACGCUGGCUCUGCCCCAGCUGCCACCGCACGACCCGAGGACGCCGGCGUUGUCAGUGGUGGACAUGCACACGGGAGGCGAGCCCCUGCGCAUCGUGCUGGCGGGGUGUCCGGAGGUGUCGGGCCCCACGUUGCUGGCCAAGAGGCGCUACAUGCGCCAGCACCUUGACUACGUGCGGCGACGUCUUAUGUUCGAGCCCCGGGGCCACCGGGACAUGUACGGGGCCGUGCUGGUGCCUAGCGAGCUGCCAGAAGCGCACUUGGGCGUCCUGUUCUUGCACAACGAGGGCUACAGUUCCAUGUGCGGCCACGCCGUGCUGGCGCUGGGCCGCUUUGCGCUGGACUUCGGCCUGGUGCGGGCGCCCUCUGCCGGCGCCGGCGAGGUCCGCGUCAACAUCCACUGCCCGUGCGGCCUGGUGGCCGCCUUCGUGGAGUGCGAGGGCGGCCGCAGCCGCGGUCCGGUGCGCUUCCACAGCGUCCCGGCCUUCGUGCUGGCCACAGAUCUCUCAGUGGAAGUUCCCGGUCAUGGAAAGGUGGUGGUGGACAUUGCAUUUGGUGGCGCAUUUUAUGCAUUUGUUAGCGCUAAAAAGUUAGGACUCAAUGUUUGUUCUGCAAAGACAAGAGACCUUGUGGAUGCAGCAAGUGCAGUGACAGAAGCCGUGAAAGCUCAGAUGGAGUCUUUGGAUUUUAAGAAUCCAAAUCUAUUCAGCUGCUCUAAAAGACAGUUUAAAAUUACUCAUCCUGAUAGUGAAGACCUUGCCUUUCUAUAUGGAACUAUAUUAACAGAUGGAAAAGAUUCUUAUAGUGAGGAACCAACCACCAACAUCUGUGUGUUUGCAGAUGAACAGGUUGACAGAAGUCCUACCGGCUCCGGAGUGACAGCCCGAAUUGCCUUGCAGUAUCACAAAGGGCUUCUAAAACUGAACCAGACCAGAGCCUUUAAAAGCAGUGCAACUGGCUCAGUGUUCACAGGGAAGGCUGUGAGGGAGGCAAACUGUGGUGAUUUUCAUGGUGUUAUUGUGGAGGUAUCCGGACAAUCCCACUACACAGGUACAGCAAGUUUUAUAAUAGAAGAUGACGACCCACUGAGGGAUGGAUUUCUUCUCAAGUGACUUCUUUGACUUUAAAGGGCUUUCUUUUUAAAGCAAUUAUUAUCUAUAAGUAAUUUUACUCUGAAUUAUGUGGAAAUCUUUAUCUAAAUUGUAUAUGUAAGCCAACUUCCAAUCUUUAUAAAAUUUUAUAUAGUACACUGUGGCUAGUCAUUAUACCUCAUAUUUGCAUAUAUAUUUUUAGUUAUUAACAAAUCAGGUAAAAUUAAAACCUUAGUUCUCGUUACUUUUUAAAUAUUACUUUAUGGUAAUUACUAUAACAUUUUGUUUUAAAUGUUCUUUGAAUAAUCACUUGAAUUUUAGCCCUUAUAACAAUGACUCUUACAAGUUCAUUAUUUUCGUCUUCCAGUUUUGAGUGAAAUAAUGCCCUCUCUCUAAGCAGGAUGUAAGAGAGAUGGAUUAUUAUAAAGUACUCACCACUCAGGUAGCCUAGGAAGGAGUGGGGUAGGUCAGCUUCUUUGGGUACAUGUUGUUAUAUUUGCUUCUGGGAUGUUCUCUGUGCUGCAAAGCCCAGCUCCUAUCCCAAGGAACUGAAGUCUCAUAACUGAUGUGAGAAGACCAACUUCUAAUCAGACUUUUGAUAUAUCUUUAAGGCUCUUAUAAAAGGGAUUGUAUAUUGCAUUAUUGAAAUAAAGGGACACAGUAGAGAUCAAUCAAUGAAUCACUACAGUAGGAAGAGUCCCAUACUGUACCAACUACAGGCCAGGUCAAUUUAAAUCAUGAAAGAAAUGUUAACUAUUGGCAUUCUUGAGACUGUUAAGAAAAUUCAUCAUUAUCAUUAUAAGAUGAAGUAUUAAAAAAUUAUUCAAGAGGCAGCCGGAUGGCUCAGUUGGUUAGAGCGUGAGCUCUGAACAACACGGUUGCCAGUUCGAUUUCCUCAUGGGAUGGUGG